UAUGUGCAAUUAAUCAAACAAGCAGCAACACUAUAUUAAAAACGUCAAGAAAUCUUAAAAAAAAAGCCGGAAGGCAACUUAGUUUUUAUUUUUAUUGUUAUUUGUUUAAUUAUUGUUAAGAUACUAUAUUAAUAGUAACAACCAUAAUUUUAUCUAGUCUUAGAGCUUAUUUCGUGUCCAGAGUAAUUUAAUUGCAAAUAUCUGUGCUUGUGACGGGUUUAUGGAGCCAUAAAAUUGUUGAUGUAAAGUCCUUUGUUUGGGAAACAGCAAUUUCUUCGUGUUUCCUCGUGAAUAGGGUGUGGAAAACGCAUUUGGGAAGCGUAUAAGCCGUGCUUUUAUUGUUCUUUGUUCGAGUCGGGUGUGAAAAGUGGUUAGACAAGCGUAUUUCGUCAAUGUUUUAUACGCGAUUGUGGUUGACCAUUAAAACAUAAAACUUAAACAUUUUGCCGUCACAAAUAUGGCUGUGUUGCUCAAUGCUCGUUGUGAAAACCGUGUAAAGGGAAUACGGAACAGGGAAACUCCAUUAAUAAUCCAAUAAGAGUGUUGUAAGCUGUGUGAACUGCCCAACAUGUCGACCUUGGGCGAUAGUGAAGAUAUCUGGCCACUUUCCGGCAAUCGAUUGGAUUCCAAAUACGAAAAAUGCCGUAAUAUAACAGAGGAGAUAUAUAAAAGGAUAAAUAUUACGUUUCAAAUAAAGAAAUUGGAAUCUGAAGUCCGCAGUGAUUUAUCGGACAACAGUGACCAAAUAGACAGCAACGACCUCAGUAAUGAAACGGACUUGUUCGCGUGCGACAAGAGUGACUCAAUUUCCAGCAGCACGGAGGCUGAGCGGCCGACGGUUACCUGCGAGAAAUACAUCAAUAUCAACAAUAAUGAGGAAACUAAGAUGAAGAAAGGAGGCGCUGUUUACAAGAGACCCAGGAAACGAUUCCGUAAAAGAGUAAAGAAGCGCCAGUCGAAGUCGGCUCGGAGUGACUCGGAGGGCUCGAGUGACGAGGCCGUCCCUCUCAGCAGGAUUGUGGAGGUGGACAGCAAGUGCAUCAACUCGGAGUCCCCCGACAACGUGAUGGGAGUGCCCAAUAUUGUUAUAUUGACGAGAGACUUAAAACCAAAAAUCCAACAAGAAAAGAAGUCCCUGAAGUCUACGCCUCCACAUGCAAAGACAGUGCAGUCUCAACCAGCUCAGAAGACGAAAGUUAUUACCGCCUCACCGCCACAGAAGACAGAAGUCAGCCCCGCCCCACAGCAAAAGGUGACAGAAGUAAGCCCCGCCUCCCAGCACAAAGUGACAGAUAUAAGCCCCGCCCCCUUGCAAACAGUGACACAAAUAAGCCCCGCCCCCCAGCAGAAGAUGACAGAAAUAAGCCCCGCCCCUUUGCGACAGAAGGAAGAGAAAGGAGCGGGUGAAUGGAAGAAUUGUACAAUGUGCAGUCUUUCGUUUAGAGGAGAAAGAGGAUUGAGACGCCACAUGACGAUGUCUCAUAUACUAAUCGAUGAAGAAAACAAGUCCAGUAAACCAGAACAACGACACUCGACCAUUACAAGCGGGUAAUUAUUGUUAUUAUUUAUUUAUACAACGAGCAGCCAUCUUUCAGCAGAGACAGAGACUAUACAAGUAUGCAGAGGGGUAUUAAACCUAGAGGGCGCACUAGG